AUGCCUCACCCGCCCGUGAGCUCGCGCUCUCGCUCCGCCGGUGCAGCCGCCGCUGCCAAGCUCGUCCGCCCUCGCGCCCGCUCGCCGUCGCCACCCCGCUCGCGCCCUGCCUGCGUCGCGCCCGGGCCGAGCCCGCGCCCCACCCGCUCCGCGCUCGCGGGCCCCUGCGCCGUGCCCGCACCCGCGCCGCGGUGCGGCCGACCGGCCGGCGCGCGCCGGCGCCGCGCCCGCCCCGCACCUGCACGCCCCGCGCCCCGCCCCGCGCCCCGCCUCGCGCCGCGUCCCGCCUACACCGCGCCUGCGCUGCGCCGCGCCGCACCCCGCCCCGCGCCUGCACUGCGCCGCGCCGCGCCGCGCCCGCCCCGCCCCGCGGUGCGGCCGACCGGCCGGCGCGCGCAGCGCCUGCGGCCUGCCAGCCCAGUGCCCCCGCUCCCGCGUGGCCGCGCUCGACGCCCGGCAGCCCCGCGCCCCUCCUGCCGCCGCGCGCGCUCGCCGGGCGCUCCGCCCCGCGCCCUCCGCGCCGCGUCUGCGCUCGCCCGCCGCUCCGCCCCGCGCGCCCGCCGCCAUGCCCGCAGCAGCUCACCGCCGCGCCGCUCGCGCGCCUUGCUGCCCCGCUCCAGCCGCACCUUUGUUGCCUCUGCCUGCGCCUGCUCGCCGGCCGCGGCGGCGGGGCCUCAACGACGGCGAGGCGAGGCCGGCCGACUGGAGCGCUGCGUGCUCUCGGCGCCCGCGGCUGUCCUGCCUCUUGGUGAUGUGGGUGCGUGGUGGGCCAGGGAGAGAAAAGGAAGAGAGAGAGAGAAGUGGGUGGGUGGGUGUGUGGGUCAAUGA